AUGUCGCAGUCCAGUGCAAUGAAUGGAAACGAUGUCAACACGACGGGCAAUGGUAUGCACCCAAACGGCGACAAGAAUGGAAACGUCAUGGAUGAUGCCAACUCUUCUGACUCCCUAAAUGAUCAUGACUGCACUGAGCGUGGUCUGGAUCGAAAUCAGCUCGUGAGAAUCAUUGUCCAAGCCAUUGAUAGCUUAGGAUAUUCUGAUUCUGCUAGAACCCUUGAAAAAGAAGCCAGCGUAGAAGCCAUGUCAUUGCAGAUGAGGAGACUACGAGACUGUGUUCUUUUGGGAAGAUGGGAUCAGCUCGAGCACGUUCUCAGCGAAGUGACAGUUUUCAAAUCAGAGAGCGAUGCAAGAGCUGCCAGGUUCGUGCUCUACGAACAAAAGUUUCUUGAACUUCUGGAAGCUGGGCAAACAGCUCAGGCACUAGAAUGCCUCAGAAACGACCUCACCCGCUUGAGUCGAGAUCCCAAGUUGCUUCACAAGCUUCCAUUACUCUGUAUGUGCACCACACCCGACGAAGUCAGGAAGCAUGCACGGUGGCCGGGUGCAGGUUCGGAAUCUAGGGCAUUAGUUUUACAAAAGCUGCAGAGCUAUGUUCCAGCCAGCGAGUUACUGCAAGAGAACCGCCUUGAGAAUAUGCUUUGUCAGGCAAUUUUGUAUCAAAAGCAAAUCGCAAUGUUUCCUUAUACAAAGCAACGAGAAGCAAGCCUCUUGGAGGAUAUGGUUCACUGCGAGGACCUUUUGCCUCGAAAGAUUCUGCAUAAAUUGGAGGGCCAUUCUGAUGAGGUGUGGUUCGUCCAGUUUUCUCAUGACGGCGAAUAUCUUUCAUCAGCAUCGAAAGAUGGGUCUGCAAUCAUUUGGAAGAGUCGGGCGUUGCUUGCAGGAGAGUGUGAGACCAGCAACGCUAUGUUACACAAGCUUGAAGGUCAUUCACGAACAAUCUGUUUUUUAAGUUGGUCUCCAACUGACAAAUAUCUUCUAAGUUGUGGGGAGGACCAUACGCUGCGCUUGUGGGACGUCAAGUCUGGUAGGUGUAUUCGUGUUUUUGACCGGCAUACCGGGCAAAUAACAGCUUGCGCGUGGAUGCCUCAUGGUCGAUCUUUUGUGUCAGGGGCCCAUGACUCAACUAUUUAUGAAUGGAGCGUGGAUUCAGGAGAAUGCAUCGCUUCCUAUGCGGCCACGACACGCGUGAAUGACGUUUCAAUAUCCAAAGAUGGAAAACUUCUAAUCGCCACAUGUUCUGACAACGGCAUCCAAAUCUUCGAUACAACGGCAAGAACUCAAAUAGCUUCCAUGAAAGAGAAAGUUAGUAUAACCUCAAUCUUUUUGUCAAGUGACUCUGAGUCACUACUCGUGAACACGAACUCUAGCGAGGAUCCAAAGAUGCAAGAACCCGAAAUACAUAUCUGGAGCAUGCGUGACAUGGAAAUUCGACAAAAGUUCAAGGGUUUCAAACAAACGAAAUUUGUUAUACGAGGAUGUUUUGGAGGACAUGAACAAAUGUUGGUACUCUGCGGAUCCGAGGACCACAUGGUUUACAUCUGGGAGAGAAAGAGCGGGGAGCUGAUAGCUAAAUUGGAAGGGCACCAGGGCACUGUCAACACUGUUGCCUGUAGCGAAGCAGACGGGAACCUCAUCGCAUCUGGUUCCGACGACAAAACUGUAAUUGUAGGUUCAAAUCGGUGCAUGGCUGCUUUUUUCAUCCACUCGGCGUCGUGUUCUGUUUGUGUCUAA